UAGGUCACAUAGGUCAUAAACAAGAAACGUGAAAAUGUGUCAUUUAACUAGAGAUUGAUACUUUUUUCGUUAUUACUUAUAAAAUUUGGAUAUUCUUAGAUCACCAAAGUCAACUAUGCAGAAAUAUGAAAAACUGGAGAAAAUAGGGGAAGGUACGUAUGGUACUGUGUUCAAAGCAAAGAACAAAGAGAAUCACGAAAUAGUAGCUUUAAAGCGGGUGCGCCUCGAUGAUGAUGAUGAGGGCGUGCCAAGCUCUGCAUUGCGAGAGAUCUGUCUUCUCAAGGAGCUCAAACACAAGAACAUUGUCAGGUUGACAGAUGUUUUGCACAGUGAACGUAAACUCACGCUUGUCUUCGAGUAUUGUGACCAGGAUCUGAAGAAGUACUUUGACAGUUGCAAUGGUGAAAUUGAGGCUGAGGUUGUGAAGUCAUUCCUGUACCAGUUGCUCAGAGGUCUGGCAUUCUGCCACAGCCACAAUGUUCUUCACAGGGACCUCAAACCACAGAACCUACUUAUCAACAAG